CAGAAUCCUUUCUCCUUCGUUCAUAUAGAAAAUCUGCAACCUAAACCCUAAAAAUCUUCCGGACCUACCAUUAAUGGCGUACUCUCUUCUCACUUCUCUCAUCAUUUUCUGUCUCUUCUCCCUCUCCUCUUCUCUCCCAUCCCAAACAAUCCUCGACGCUGCAGAAAUCCUCUCUGAUUCGGGCUACGUCUCCAUGUCCCUCACCCUCGAACUCGUCUCUCAGACCCUACUUCCCAAAUCGCCGUCGGCCACCUUGUUCGCUGCUUCCGACGCCGCAUUUAUCGAAUCUGGUCAGCCUCCGCUCUCCCUACUCCAAUUCCAUUCCUCGCCCCUAGCUUUAUCUUUCGAAAGCCUCCGUUCGCUUCCCGUCGGAGCCAAGAUUCCGACGAUGUUCGCCAACCACUCAUUGAUAGUCACCAGUGCCACUUCCGAUUCUCAAAUUUCGUUAAACAAUGUUAAUAUCACCUCGUCGCCUCUGUUCGAUGAUGGUUCUUUGAUCAUUUUUGGGGUGGAUAAGUUCUUCGAUCUGAAUUUCCCGGCUUUAGGCUUGACUCGAAGCCCUAGCCCUAAUACGGGAUGCACAGAUGAUGCAAUUGCUUCUUCAGGUGGUGAUUCUUUUGAUGAAGCAAGCGGAGUGUUAAGGUCCAGAGGAUACUCUGUGAUGGCUUCGUUUCUUGAUUUGCAAUUGCUAGGGUUUAGAGAUGGCACAAAGAUGACAGUUCUCGCCCCAGCUGAUGAAGUUAUGAUGGAUCGUGUUGGUAAUUUUAGCGACAUUUCAUCGUCAAUCUUUCUUCGGCAUGUUCUUCCAUGCAAGGUUUCAUGGUCUGAUCUGGUUAAUUUUGAUGAUGGGUCAAUGUUGCCGACAUCUUUGGAGGGCUUUACCAUUAACAUUACGAGAUCUGGUGAUACAUUGAAGCUGAACGAAGUUUCAGUUGCUUUUCCGGACAUGUAUCACAGUGAUUGGCUUGUUGUUCACGGUCUUGGGGAAGUUCUUACCUUGCUGGUGGGACCAGAACAAGCUGCAGACUCUUCGUCUGAAACUGGGGGAAGCAACACUAAUGAACAGACUGCAUUAGGCAACAGUGAAUUUUAAGGUCUUAAUCAUGAAUACGGCAGGUGAUAUACGUGUAGUUUCUUUCAAGAUUCCCCUUUCUGGUGGGAUUGUGUAGCCUACCAAAACUCUUCUUAUUCUACCACUCAGUAGGAACUUGAAGAUAGAACGGCCACUACUCUGUUGGUUCUUACACUCAGAUUUUCAGCUAGAGAGCCGUGUUUGAUUUCGUAUAUCUGAAACGAUUGAAGAAAGCUCGGUCCAAUUUGAAACCUUUGCUUUCAAAAAGUGAAUUCUAUUUCAUUUACUGGAUUUCAAAGUAUGAAAUGAAGAAAUGAUAGUCAAGAAGUUAUGAUUAGUAA